AUGCCUCAAGCCCAGGACGACUAUGACUGGCUCCAGAGUAUACUCCCUGGCUGGCGAGAGGAGGAAUCGGGGAAUGGAGGCCGCGAUAAUAGCAGCUCCGGCCACCUUCAAGCGCAGAGUCCGCACCCUGCUUUCGCCGAUGCCAUGAACACGGCCCAGACUUCCCAUGCAGCGUUCUUGCGCUACCGACAACCCCAAUCCCCUCAUAUUCAAGCCGCACAGAUGACCCAACGGCCUUCGAGUUCUAUGUCAUAUUCCCAGGGCAUGGACGAGACCUUGUUCCGCUCUCAAUUACACCGGCACCCUUCUCACCAGCCCUUGCGGCAACAACAACUACAACAACAACAUCAGCCUCAGCCUAAAAACCAUCAUUCCCAGGCGCAAGAGCAGCGACCGACAUAUGCCUCAAAUUUGUACCAGGACCAAUCCCUGGCAAGGGAGCAGCGGGCUCGUCAAUCCUACCAUCAAUCCUAUCAGUCUCAGUCUCAGCCCCAAUCUCAUCAUAGAGAAUCGCAGUAUUCGGCACCUGAAGCUCCCCGAGAGGUCGCACAGCCGACUCCGUGCUUUCCACAGCAGCAAAAAGCUCACAAAAAUGCGCAGCUAGAGCCCUCACAAGAUACGCAUCCGCAGACUUCGCAUAAUCAAGUCCCACGACAACAGCCACCACAACCACAAGCCUCGCAACAGGCUGUACUACAACAAUCACCACCACCACAAGACUUACAAAGCCCGCCACAGCAGCAGCACCUACAGGUACAGCACCAGACACAACAGCAAAUGCAGCGGCAGUCUUCACAACCCCCAUACUUGCCUCUCAAUCAACCCAGACCAAUGCAACAGUCCCAGAUUGAGCCACAGACAAAUCGUCAGCAAGAGGCUAAGCAAUAUCGUCACGCUCAGCAGAGCAUUGGGCGUAUCUCAUCACCUCAAGGCCAGCAUCGAGAGGUAAAUCAGCAGCAAUUUGUGAGGCCCUCAGACAUCAAUCCAUCCAUGACCUACUAUCAGCCUAAGACUACCACACGACCUGACUACGAGAGACCACAGCAGCAGUCAUCCGCGCCUCAGCAACGACCAAUGUCGAGAAUAGCGGUUGACGGGCCACAGCCACAAUAUGCGCAGAGUCCGGCCGCAACGCAAUCUGACACCUUAAACGUGGGCUCCCUGCCGCAGGUGUAUGACACGCGAGAAAGUCAUCCUCGCCCUCAGCAAAGCCCUGCCGCGGCAGUCUCAUCGAACCGAAAAUUUUCAAGCGCAUCAAUUGCGCAAACUGAGGCAAGACCACAGCCAGCGCUUGAAAUGAGAGAGUCCACUACUCAGCCUUACCCAUCGCCUCGAGCAGCCGCCCAGCCCUCACCGGCACCAAGUGAACACAGUAGCCCCAAACGAGGCUCCUUUCUCGACGACACGAACUUUUACAGUACAACUUCACCUCAAAAAGACCCAUAUACGUCGUCUUCGCGCAGCACUCUUGGUCCUCAAUCUGUUCUCGCGCGAAUAUCAUCCACAACUGCGAGCCCCACCACGAGCAGAACGAGGCCGUCGGCAUUAUCCACAACCGCUCCUUCAGAGGGUGUGACCCAAGUCGCGGACAAUGCGUCUAAGGAACAUGCUAAUUCUCGCUGUCCCUCUUCCCAUGUGUCUGUUUCAACAUCAGGAGGCCCUAUGAACUCUAGCACGACUUCGUUGCCUAGCCCGAUGUUGGCACCUUUGGUUUCAAAUCGAUCCCCAGCAGGAGCUCUGGAAACGUCAGCCAAUGUAAAGUCGCCAGCCCCGGAGUCGGGGUCUCAUACUGUACCACAGGCAAUCCGUCCCUAUAUGACGCCUCAAAUGAUGAGGGAAUAUAAGUCGACCCCCAAACCAACUACUAGCAUUCCCAACAAAAGCUCUGGUCAAAUGCCGGGAGGUAUCACUGCUACGUCCACCUCCAAAGGCUCGGUUCGAUCUGCGCCAACCUCGCCUGUGACUUCACAGACGUGCGGACCUACUGUCAAACAGACGAAUACUCAAGUGAUUCCCUCUGCGGAUACACCCACGGGAAAGAAUCUUCCCGCUCUGCACUCAAAAGCUGCACAGCAGCCUCGGGCUCGAUCGUCGAGUUCUUUCCAUCAACUUCCUGAUAUGGAAUCAAGUCUCCCGAAAUCGCCUGCACUGUCAGUGAUGUCUUCGUCUCGAGCUCCGACGAAUCGAAGCGUCUCCUCUACUAGUGCGAAUGUUGUUCAGACUUCGUCGACGCCAGCCUCGCCCGCAAUGCCUUCGACGGGCUCUGUUCAGAAAGAUGGGGAAUCUAACCAAAGCAAGCUGCGGGAUCCCUCCAGCACUUCUGUCACCCUGGCUCCUCCUGACAAUUUCACACCGUUCUUGACUGCAUCCAACCGGCCCCCUGUGCCCGCAGCUUCCCAUCAACAGUCGAAUUCAGGCUCCUCAAACCCUACAAAGGACAGGAAUUCGCUUUUUCCUUCUGACGUCGACUCAGCUGGACGACCACGACAGCAGGGCAGAUCCAGCAAGGACCCCCGGCUUGAGAGCCCGGCAAAUAGGUUGGUUGGCAUUCAGAGACCUGUUUCAAGAUUAGGUGUGCAAUCUCAACCCGGUAACAAUCAAAUCUCGCGCACCGGCCAGUCUGAGCGGGGCCUUUCUGCUCCAUCUAUACCUCCCCGUUCGAACCCAAGUCACGCUCUCCACCCGCCUGCUCAUACAGCGGCAACGGGUCAUCGACCGGCCUCAACCUCAACGACUCCACAGUCUGGUGCCAUUUCCGUGUACCAUGAUAUACCGUCAACACGGAACCCGGCGUCUCUGGCUCUUGCUCAGUUCAAUUACGACGGGAAUCCCCGGCCACCUGCGAAACGUCUUCAUAAAUUUGACAUCAAACACCGACCGUCACCCUUGACCGCUUACGCGAGGGGGGAGGUGUCUGCCUCUAUUCAAGAUCUUGAUCAUUCUUCUGAGGUACCGGCUGCCAAGUUUCGCAAGUUGGACGAUGGCUCCCGUGACGCAGGCCUGGUUGGCCCUGCUGGUCUGAUUCAGCCAAACACAGCUGUUCGGCGGCUCCCUGUAGUCGAGGCUCAGUACCACUCGCCCUAUGACCCGCAGAAUGAUGCCCGAUCACAAAUACCCACCCAAAAAGACCAUAGACACGCGCGGGAGGCCGCAAACCGGAAAUACAUUCGACCCUUCGCUGAUAUCGUCGAGCCUCUGAAGGCUACCGAUGCACUUCCCAAGGACGCCUAUGACCCUCAGACCAUCGCUCGCGAUAUAUUGAUUGCUGCGGGCAGACAUCCACAAGAAAAAUCACUCAACCAUCAUCUUGAUUGUCUCCGUCGGAAUUUCCGAGCGGUUGAUGGCUACUCAGACCUGACCACCUUCCGAUGGGAUCUUGUUGAUCCACAUGUCGACUACCCACCUUCCGUCAUCAAAGGGAUUGACGAAGCUUACGAAGCGGCGCGGAAAGCAAAAUUGUCCUCAACCAAGGCACUCGAUGUUCUCCCCCAAAGUGGUGCCCUCCAAGUGAACUCUCAUCGUCCAUGGCCAACUGGUCAGGAUCACAUCCAUGGGCCCGCACGUGAUGGACCCACUGCCCCGCAGGCACGUCCCGUGGAAAGUUGUCCCACCGGCUCUCCGGUCACAAGCACCGUUGAUGUGGAAGCAAACAGCAAUUUGAAUGGGAGGCAGACAUUGACUUCGUCGGGUGCCGCAGACCUUACCACCAGAGUCCCCACACCCACCGCCUCUUGGAAGUCCAGCUUGUCUCGACCACAGAUACACUCACAUCCACCGAGCGCGAGCGCUCCUGCAACUGCGAACACGGUCAAGAGCACCAGCAAGUCCACCUCGUUGAAUCCCCCUGCCAUCGCAUCCGCAAUAUCCCUGCCUUUGUCCACGUCAAAGUCCCCCCCAAAGCCACCGCCCACACCGCCCACGGCAGUCAAUCUCAACGCGUUUGGUGCAUUACCAUUCAAAGCUCCAUCCUACUACUCGCCCCUUCGACCGACCGCCCAACCUCUUCCUUAUUCUCUCCCACUUCCGCCGCCUCCUCCACCCCCUUCUGCCUCAUCUCCCCCCAAGCCCAAAGCCUCUGUUUCACUUGACGCUCCUGCUCGUGAUCCAGUGAAGGUCACUGCCCCAGUAUCUAAGUCGUCCCCCUCAAAGCUUGUUGGAAAAGCGCACGAACACACACCUUCAUCACAGGUUGCUACUCCUCAGACACCUCCCAAGUCGAUCCCGCAUCGGUCACUCUCGUCUCGAGACCCCACCACGCGGCAAUCACCUCUACCAAAGGAUCUACCGGAGCCGCUUGUCAUCAUUCCCGCCUCUCCACGAGCUAUGGCACCCCCCAAACGGGGACCCGGUCGACCCUCGAAGAGUGAGGCGCGCAUUGAAGUGGCCAUCGACAACCGUCCAGCACCUCACUACCAGGUCUUCAAAUGCAGGUGGAUCGGCUGUGAGGCUGAGCUCCACAAUCUGCAAGCCAUUCAGACGCAUCUCGUCGGAGUUCACAUCCCUCAUCAUAUUGUUUGUGCUUGGGAGAACUGCCCCGACAAGAAACCCCGGGCCGCUGCUGACAUGUGGGAACAUGUUCGUGCGGUGCAUGUCAGACCCCUUGCCUGGAAACUGGGCGAUGGUCCCUCCGUAUCCGUAAAUGCGGCAGAGAGCUACGACGCGCUCCAGCAAAUCACCCAAGGGCGGCAGGACACGGUCACACUUCCGGCAGACCGGGACUCGGUCAAGAUCUUCAGUCGUAUUCAUGGCACGCAGACGAGCAAACAGAAGGCUCGACUGAUGGAAGAAGGUGGCCGACGAUGGAAGGAGGAGGCGGGUCCGGGGGCGGAUCUCAGCGAUCGCCCUUUGUCCACCCCGCCUCGAUUACGAGCCAGCCGCCACGGGGAGACUGCGUACACCCUGUCCGAUGUCCGCGUGGUGAUCUGA